AGUGACAAUGGUGGGCAGGCUGAACUUGCAGAAUGUGUCCGAGGAUGAUCCCCUGCUGGAGAUGAGCUGCAAGACGGAAAGGACGCUGGACAGCCCCGACUCCGGACUGCCCCCCAGCCCGAGUCCGAGUCAGAGCCCGAGCCCCGGCGCGUGGCUGCUCUCGGUGGCUCCCGACAAGGCGCUCGCGGGGCUGCUUCCGGAAGAGGAGAGACGAGGAGCGCAGCUGGCUCGUGGUUCCUACGGCUACGGGCCCGUUACUCAGCUCUGUCCUCUGUCCUAUGGAGAGGGAAUAGAGUUGGACCCUUUGCCUCCCAAAGAAGUCCGAUACACAUCCUCGGUGCGCUACGACUCCGAACGCCACUUUAUCCACAACGUGCGCCUACAGCCCACAGGACUGCGGCUCGAGCGCUGCAGCCAGACGGUCCUCGCGCUGCCGGACAGCACGUGGCGACACUACGUCACCCGGCUGGAGCUCGAGCCCUGCCAGCGACCGCAGCGCUACCGGAGCACCACUAUCGUGUACCCGAAACGCACCCGGGCCGUGUUCACCACCGAGCUGCACUACGACUCCCGACGGCUGGCCAAGCGCUUCCUGUCCAGCGUGGAGCUGGAAGCCGGAGACGGGGGCGCGCUUCUGUGUGCAGGAGAACUGCGUGUGGGUUAAUGAGCGGUUGGCUCAUCGAUCGGGCUCCGAUGCCAACAUCCCAGCGGCUACAGCUCGACGGAGAGAAUCCGAGUGAAGGAGAAGACACCGCUUGACGUUUUCACUCUCGAGACACUGCGCGCGGGUUACUCACUCAUUGCCGGCGUCUUUUACUCCCCCUUUUUGGCAGAUGUGCUUCUAACUGGCAAGCUGAGUAUUGUCACAAACUGAUUCUUUCGCCUGGUUGGAUAUGAACGAUGUGUUUGCACAUCCGAAAACAUGUAUAUAUGUAACGAUGGAUGCUUUGCGAAGAGUGGAGUGGAACUGAAAAUAAGUGAAUGUGUGGUAUGACCUGUGGUUUUUGUAAUGUUGCAGUGAUGCUGAAGGUUGAGUGAAGUCAGAUAUUUUUGUUGGCCUGCAGUUGUUAGUGUAGUGCAGUAUUUAGUGGUUUUGAGAAUUUUUUUUUUUUUUUUCCACUGAAAAUUAUGCAAAACGUUUCACAUAUUCACAAAGUACACUACUGGAAAUAGAACCAUCCACACCGAUAUUGGGAGUAAAUGCAAAUAUGUGUAAUUUAACAACUGCAUCCAUAGAUCAAUGAUUUCACAUUUUAGUAUUGUCUGAAUGCUUUCAUGUGGUAUGCACUUAAUGGAUUUUUAAUGUUUGAAUGUUGUCUUUCCAAUAAAACUAUUAACAA